UGACGAUUUCCCCGCCACGAAGAUGGAUCUCAUAUACUCUGCUCCACUGUGCUCGUACUCUGUUUUGCGUUCAUAUCGGUCAGUGAUCAACGGUUGUCGACUCGUACCCUGCAAGUUCAUCACCUGAACCCAAGACGACUAUCAACUCUGUUCAGCAUUCUCAAUAUGAUCUUCAAUACUCGAUACAUCGCUCUGGCAGCCAUCGCCACAACGCUCGUCAACGCGUUGCCUCUUGACCCAAAUCAACCACGCGACAUUCUUCCUCGUGCGAAGAGCUACUCUGUUAUCAACGUCGACGGUGGAGCGUCCACCGAGGCACCUGCGGACGCAACCACAGUAGUCGACCAGACAACAAAGACUGUCGAAGUCACCAAACCGGGACCAACUGUCACUGCAGAGGUCACAGCUACUGUUGUGGAGCCUGUCCCUGCACCGGCAGCAACCAGCAUAAGCACCAGCUGGACAAGCAGUUCGACAUCCUCGUCAACGCCGACAUCUACCCCAAGUUCGACAAAAAUAAAACCGACAACGAUUUCAGCCGUUGCCUCAACGACGACUGAGACACCAAAGCCUGUUUUUGUUACUGUCACCGUCACCGAUGACGCUGGACCUACUGAGUACUACGACAACGGGAUGUGGCAUACAUCCUACAGGAUCAAGACCUUUGAGGCCGUCGCAACUCCUUCACUACUCUCGACGCUGGGCGCGAUCGCUUCGAGCUCGACUGAUCUGCCUGCUUGGUAGAUUGACUGCUUCCGCAACCACAUGGGAUCUCAGAGCGACAACAUAGAUCUUUACCACUUCCUUUCUUUUCUGAGUCACAGUUGACAAAAACAUCUGUUAGACUGGCUACUGUUUCUAUUAAUUCAAUACGGAGUACAUGAUGUAUAUGAUACAUGACUAAUGGACAGAAGGCGGGGAUGUGAAUACGAUGUGUGCAUUGGGACGGCGUUAUAGACUGCGGCGACAACGCAAGUCGUCUUGCAAGUAGACACUGUAUAGAGCGACUCCAUAUGAUAGAAACUACUACUCGAUAACCA